AUGGGUCAAAGACUAUCAAAUUUAAGUGAACAAUUCACAAAACAAUGCCAAGCCAUUACAAAAAAUUAUGGACAAAAUACUGAUUCAUUUGCUGAAGGAUUAGUCCAUAUUAUUCCUAGUCAAGCCGAAAUAUUAGCUGGACAACAAGAAAUACCAACAAUGUCAAAACAACAAUCAGUAGAACUUUUACAUAUUGUUGAAGGAGGGAUUCAACGUAUUGAAGAAAUUAAUAAAAGUUUAACUGAUUUAUUGAAAAAUUCUACAGCAAUAGAAAAAUUAAGAAAAAUUAAAGAAGAAACUCAAACAAUAAAUAAUGUUUUAGCAAAACAAGAUGAUGAAAUGAAAGAAAUUUAUUCAAUGUAUUCAAACCUUGAACGGAGACAAAGAGAAUUAGCAGAAAAAUUUGAAAAAGUAGCAAAAGAAGAUUUACUUCAAGCAAAUGUUAGUAGACAAGAUGACUUGAAUAUCAUUCAAAAAGAUGCGCUUAACCAAAGUUUAAAUAAAAAACAAUCCCCUUAUCAAUCAGAACAACCUACUAUUCAAAAAGUCCCUAUUACAAAAGAUGCCGUCCAAAAACAAACUGUUCCACUUCAGUUAAUGCAAGAUAUGCAAGCUGUUCCACCUUUACCUCAACAAAAAAUGAAUAAGCAACUAACUCCUAAAAUUCAAGAACAACAAAAGCCAGAUACAACUCUUAAAAAGCAAUCGUCAAAACGUUUAAUUGAUUCGCAAUUAGCUAACAAUGUAUUAGAUGAUUUUUGUACUGACCAAAUAAUGUCCCAAGCAAACAACCAACCAAUAAUUAUCCAACAAGCUCAACAACCUAAAAAAUCAACUGAAACUAUUAAGAAAGACUCAACAGAAGAAAGAUGCGUUGAUAUACAACCAACUAAUACCCAACAAUUAACGGAACCUAUUCAAAAUGGUAAUCAAUAUGAUCAACAUACAUUACAACGAACACAACAAAAGAAACCAAUGGUAUUACCCUCUGUCCAAAAUAACUCUAUUCCUAGAAGAGGUCAAUUAAAACAAAGACCUCAAAGUAGAGUUGGUGAUACUAGACCCCAAAGUAGUAUGAGAAAUACAAGUACUGCAUAUAGAUUAGGAAAUAGUCAGCCUUAUAGAAUUUCGGAACAACAAAUGAACCAACAAAACAUACAAGAAUUAACGGAUCAAUUUAAUGAUGUAACAAAUCAAUUAGAACCUUUACAGAGUCAACAGGAAGAUUUAAUUAACACAGACCCUUAUUAUGAUAAUGAAAAUUAUCAUUUUGAUGAAGAGGUAUGUCCAUGUAGUGAAUCAUAUGACCAAGACCAAUAUUAUAAGAACGGAAUUUUAUAUGAUGAUUAUAAUAAUGAUUAUCAACAACUAAGUUACAUUCCUCAACAAAGAAUUAUUUAUGUCCCUAUGCAACAAGUAAUUGACCCUUAUACUGGUCAGAUUAUAAUGCAGCCAAUUAGUUAUACACAACCAAUAUAUCAACCACCAUUGAAUCAAUAUAUGGUUCCACUAAUGCAACCUCCCUAUGAUUCAAGUCCAAUGAGGAGACAAAGAAGAGGACCUGUGGCAUACUAUCCAAUGGUACCACAACAAUUCAGAAGACAAAACCAAUCCAUGAGAUAUGCACAACCAUACAAUUAUCCAAUGUAA